GUAAACAAAAAAUCGAUAAAUAUGGUGGUUAUAUGUGUUCGUGUGUGAUAGGUUGUCAAUUGCUUUUUUUAAAAAUACGGUACCGUGGUCCAUUUUCGCGAUAAACUAACCCUAUGGUGAAAGUAAAAGACGAGCCUCCAAUGGCAGAACCCAAUUCUGCACCAAAUCCCCAUUCUUCAUCCACACCGUCUAAUAAUCCCCCACCGAAUCACUACCCUCGUAAGAAUCGUCCGCAUUUCAACCAUCAUCAUCACUCGCCUUUACAACAUUUCACCCAUUACCACCCUUGUUCCUAUUCGCCGGAGAACGCGGAGGGUGCGAACGGGGCUACAACACCUGCGAGGUUCUAUUUCGGACCGGGGUUCGAACCUCAACAACAAAUACCAGGAGGUGGUGGAUAUUCGGCGCCUAGUCAAGGGCAAGGGAAUGAAUACGUUGUAUUGUUUCAUGUUAAUCCAGGAGUUACCAUUAGUUUUCAGAUGGGAGAAAACAUGGAAAUAUUGAGAGGUCCGGUGACAGUUCCAUUGGUAUCAACGAAUUCUUCACCUCCGAUAGCGAUGCCUGUUCAAGUUCCCCCGGGUCAUAUGGUGCAACAAAUAGUUGACGAAAGUGGUACUUUACGACACGUCAUAUUAUCACCGCAACAUCCACCAAAUAUCUUACCGAUGCCGUCACACAAUCCACAACAUUACGGUGGCGGUCCAGGAAACAACAAUCCGCAGUCUCAACAAUUUUAUCCAGGUAUUCCUAGUGGGUAUCCGCCGCAACAAUUUCAUUCCAAUCUCCAAACGGGGCAUCCGCUCCCUACACAUUUAGGCCAUUCGCCGCCCCCCAAUCCCACUUAUUAUAAAGACGAGAGGGCGCAAAGGCAACAUAUUAAAUUGAAAAAGAAAUUACACGAAAAACAAUUGAAGAACGAGUUACCUAGAAAAGAAUUAGUUAACGGUUUGAAAAGAUCGGGAAUCAAAGAGAAAGGUAUGAGCAGCGUGGGUACUAGUGAAGAUGGAGAGGAAAACAGCGUACCCGAUGAAGAGGACUCUAUACAAAUAGCUACUGAUAUUUUGUCGUCCGUCCAGGCACCCAAGGUGUCUGAACUAACUUCCCGUAGUGCCUUACUGCAAUGGGCGACGCCCGUUCGUCUAUCCGAAUCAGCGAGCAACGACAGCCAUGACAUUGACAUUUCGGAAUCCGAUCUUAGGUACGAGGUUCUUCUAAGCGAUAAAAGCAAAGAAAUGAAAUUCAAAUCGAUCUAUAGCGGACCGGCUCUCUCUUGUAGGAUACAGGAUUUGAAACCUGGUCAUGAAUAUUCAGUCUGUUUACAGGUGCAUUUGGAUGAACUCCAAGGCUCGGCAACCGAUCCGGUAAAAUUCAACACUCCACCUUGUGAACCUGACCAACCUCAACCGCCGAAACUCCUAAGUCGAACCAAACAUUCGUUGCAAUUGCGUUGGAACGCCGUUAACGAUAAUGGCGCACAUAUACAGUACUACAUCUUGGAAUAUGAUGCGGGCAAAGGAGGAGAAUUUGUGGAAUUCUACAGGGGUAGAAGUAAAACGCACACGUUACAAAAAUUGCUUCCAGCAACACUUUAUACUUUCAGGUUAGCAGCUCUUAAUGAAGUAGGAAAAAGUUUAUAUUCUGACUGUAUAGCGUAUAGUACCAAUGACAAUCCACCUUCACAACCGUCGCCGCCAACGUUGCGCGAGGCUAAUAUUCAAUCAUUACAUAUAAUUUGGCAACGUCGACCGAAAGACGACGAAUUCAUUUUGCAGAUGAACGACGUCGAAACGGAAUACGGUUAUCUGAACGUUUAUUUAGGUAGCGAUACUCAACACAUCUGUAGGGGACUAAAAGAAUGCACCAACUAUUCUUUUAGAUUGAGGGCGAAAAAUGAGGGUGGGACAUCGCCUUGGUCAGACGAAGUAGUCUUCAGUACGUUGCCCGAUAGACCCGCCAGGCCGACUAGACCUAUAAUCAAAGGAAAAGUACACGCACAUUCUUUUAAAUUGAAAUGGGAGCCGGGCGAAAAGACCGGAAGAUCUGUAAUAACUCAGUAUAAUUUAGAAAUAAGCUCAGGUAGUGAUUUCCAAAUAAUCUAUCAGGGCUUGGAAACUGAAACAGUCUGUGAUAAGCUAACACCGGGAACUACUUAUCAAGUCAGGGUGAAUUGUGUUAGUGCCGGUGGUGUUAGCAAUUUUUCUGAAAUCUGCACAGUGACUACAGACGCUGUACGACCCGGUCAGUGUUCCCAACUUAAAAUGUUCGGAAAACCUUUAGCCAAUUCGGUGACCAUUCGAUGGGUUGAACCGGACGAUAAUGGCGGCGCGCCGAUUCUACAAUACGAAAUCGAAAUGACAUCUCCGGACGGUAGUAAAAGUAUUUUACAUACUACCAAAGUAACAGAAUGUAGUGUUAGAAAUUUGAGUCCGGGCUGUGAUUACGUUUUCCAAGUGAGAGCCGUCAAUCGAGUGGGAUCCGGAGUUUGGUCGGAACCGUUGAAUGUAACUAGUGGCGCUGCGCCUCCUUCUACACCCGAAACGCCCCAAGUGGUAUGCAAGAGUCCUUUCCAAGCGUACGUCGAAUGGACGGAGCCUAAAUGCAACGGUGCCCCUAUUAGUGAAUAUAAGUUAGAAAUGAGUCAAAGUAUGAACGAAGACUCAUUCUCGAGUAUAUAUCAAGGAAUCCACUUGAAUUACGACGUAAAAGGCUUGCAACCCUUCCAUUCCUAUUGUUUUCGAGUACAAGCCGGCAAUAGCGCCGGUUUCAGUGGAUAUUCUCAAAUAGCGACGACGUUGACACCACCUGCAUCACCAUCUGCCGUCAAUACAUUGAAAUCCAUUUCCACUCCUACCUCCAUCACACUUUAUUGGAACACACCCAAUGAGAAUGGAAGUCCUAUUACACAUUACAACAUUGAAAUUGGCGAUAGAACGAUAACUACAGAAGGCGCUGUUAACGAAUACACAAUAGAAGGUUUACAACCUGAAACUAUUUAUAAAAUAAAAAUUCAAGCUGUAAACGAUGUUUCUUCUGGUCCUUAUUCUUCGCCUUUGAAAGCUGCCACUUUGAGGUUACCUCCUUCAGCGCCUAGAUUGGAAUGCUUGGGAGUGGGCCACAAUUACGUCAAACUAAAAUGGGGCGAGGGUAAAAACACCGAAUACACCCAAUACUGUAUAGAAAUGGAGAAUCCCCGAUCAGGUGGUUAUAAUUGUGUAUAUAAAGGUACGGCUCUAACGUGCAAAGUGAAUAAACUGCACGAAUCGACAACGUACAGAUUCAGGAUAAACGCCACGAACGAUGCGGGCGUAGGUGAAUUUUCAGAAUACUACGAAUUCGGUACGAGCCUAGCGCCACCUGCCUCAUUGAAAAUACCGAAAGUCGUGGAAGUUGACGAGAGGAGUUGUUCGCUCGAAUGGUCGCCGGCCAGAAAUACCUUUACGGAUUCGAUAAUAUACAGGGUGCAACUGGCGAGGGUGAAAGAACAAGUUUAUAAACAGGUAUCGAAAUGUUCUGAAACUAAAUGCGCAAUCGAGGAAUUGGAACCAGGUACCGAUUACACGGCUCGCAUUUGCCCCGUCCGUUUAACGUCUACUGGUGAAUUACCAGGUCCGGCAUCACCUCCGGUUACCUUUACGACUACUUCGGUGGAACCAGUAGGGGGCGGUACGCCGUCGAAGACGGUACCAACAGCAGGUAGCCCUUCAAUUAACAAACACCGUUCUCUCUAUCAUUCCAUUCGGCAUAGGGUUAGUUUUACCGAGGAGUACUGCACUUACGUGUACGCAAUGUUAGUACUCGUCGCCGGAAUCGCCAUAUCUCUAAUGAUCGCGUCGUUUUUAUAAACGUCGAUUUGAAAGGAGACGCGCGCGUCUGUAGAAAUUUAAACGAGGUGGGAAGCGUUCGAAAGGAAGUGGUAGCGGUAAAUAAUUUACGUAAUUUCGAUAGAGGGUUAUUAUCUGAUUGGAACCAUGAUUGCUGUAUAUCACAAACCGUUUUACUUAGAUUCAUUCAGUAAAAAUUAUUGCAAGAGAAAUUGCCUGAAAUAUUUUCUAAUUUGUUUAAUAAUAUUAAUUGUUGUUGCGCCACAUAGCGGAUAUUUUAUGAAGCUGAGAAUAAUUUCUUAUGGUCAUUUUUUUGCUGAUAUUUUUACAGAAUGGACGUGAGUUGAGCGGGUUUCGAUAAAUGGCUGUUUACCUACUUUAUUUGAUCGCCCGGUAUAUGAAACAAAUUUUAUAUCGUUUACUAUGUGAUGGUGUAAAAUUUUGCAAUAAUUUUCCUUGAUCUGCCUAUUUUUUUGGGUUAGGUUAUAAGCAAACUUUUUAAUUACAAUUUUUCUUCCUUAUUUUGAAGGUUUUUUUUAAACAUUGAACGUUUUAAAUCAAAAUAUUCCACUUUUACUAGUUUUCGUUUUCUAAACCAUUUUUUAAAAUAAGUGUCUCAUGAAAAGUCAUUGAUAAAAGUAUAUUUAUUAUUUAUAAUUCAUAAAACACUAAGAUUAAUUCACGUAUCAAAUUUUCCUUUUUUGUUUUUUGUUAAUUAUGGUUUAUCUAUGAUUAGCGUUGACUGCAGUUUUUCUAUGUCAACUGUCAAUAAAAGUUGUUCUGUAUCCAGUGCCAAUAACAAUUGUUUUGUAUCAGAUGUCAAUAACAGUUUCAGUUCUAUGUCAAGUGUCAUUAGCAGCGCUUGUUCUAUGACGGCUGUCAGUAGCUGUUAUUCUACGUCACAGUAAUGAACUCAUAUGGUUAUUUUAAAUUAUAUUUUUUCAUUAAUGGAUAACCUCGACGAUGUAAAGUAUUUGAAAUCAACAAUAGAAAAUGGAAUAUUUAUGUGAAACUGCUUUAAAAAAGAAUAUAUUUCCUCGAUCAAUUUCAUCCUUUUUUUUUAUUAUUAUAGUUUUGUCGCUUUUUAUCCGUUUUUCUAUAAUUUAAACUAUAAUUUUAUUAGUAUUGAUGUACUACAAACCCUCGUUCCUAUUUUUGUGCUAAUUACAUAGAUACCACUAAAAUUCAUAUUAAAUGAAUGUUUUAGUUUAUCUAUGAUUGUCGUUCACUGCCAAUUGUCAAUAAAAGUUGUUAUUGUGUGUCAGCUGUCACCUGCAGCUCUUGUGAUGUGUCAUCUGUCACCAGCAACUAUUAUUAUAUAUCAGCUGUCACUAGCGACUCUUGUUUGUGUCAUCCGUCACCAGAUACUCUUGUUAUGUGCCAGCUGUCAGCAAUAGUAAUUAUUAUAAUGAAAACAAACAUUUUAAUUGAAAAAAUAGGCGAUACGAAUAUAUUUUUGAUAAUAAAAAUUUUCCCUGUUCAAAUAAUUGUUACAAAUUCUUAACUGUAGUUCUUUUAUAUAUAAUUUUAAAUUGACAUUUGAUGAAAGUUUUGACAUAAAGUUCUACCACUAUCUUUCGUAAAACUUCCAAACUCGUAACCUCUCUCCGCGAUUCUUAAGUAUUAUUAAACAGGGCUUUUUAAUAAUGAAGUUUAAUUAUAGAGGACCAAAGCGUCAUGUUUUGGUAUUUUUUUAUACAUGUCUCCCGUAAUUGGUGUGGUGCUAAUAACUCGAUGGUCUCGACUAACGUUCAUUGCGCAGUAUAAUAAUAUUCACUUCAAACUAAUAAUUUUUUUUCCAAAUUACCCAUGAACAUACAGUGUCCUGCGAAAUUAACUCAAAAUAAUGCAUACUUUUUGAAUAUACCGCGUAUAUUAAGAAAUAAUGUAGCAAUUUUGUAUGGUCAAUUUUUCAAUUUUAAAAAAUAUGCGUUAAUUUUGAAACAUUUUUUAAAAUAAUUUUAAUUAAUCAGAUUUAGUUCGUCAAACACGUCAACUGCCGAUAUACGGCUCUCACUAAAUUAGUAAGACAAUUUUGAAUAUGAAUAAUUUUGGUAAUUGGAUUCCAAUUUUUUGGUUUCAACGAACGUGAUAUUAUUAUACAGCGUGUAAAUUCCUCCUUAACGGAUCUUAUUUUAUAUUUUUUAUUAUAUUUUUUUACAUUGAAAGAUCCAAGGAAAGGCGUUAUAAUCGAUACCACCGAUACAUAUAGAUUAUGAUGUGAUGAUGAAUGGCUAUAGUAGAUUGAAAACUAACAAUAGGCAAAUAUACGACCCUUAAUUUUUUGUCGAAGGGGCGUAAUUUUUACCCAUCGUUAGUUUACGGUCCCGAUGACCUAUCAAAAGGGAUGAAUUCCAGUCAUAGUGUACAUAUUUAAUUAUGUAAUGCUGUUGGCAAUAUUUAAAUUAUUAUCUAGAUGAAAUUUAAGUGAAAGUGACUGGAAAAGUCGAUUCGUAUAUACAGAACGGACUGGUUAUUAGUUAUAUUCGAGGAGUUGUAUCAUUCAGUUGAUGAUCGAUUUUAAAUAUUUCGGAUAUAGUCCUUCAAGUUGUAUGCAAGCUAUUUUAUCGUAAAACAUCACCUACAAUCAAAAAACGUUUUUACCCAAACGAUACGCCCCUCGAUUAUCACGAUUCUGUCAAUUAAUAGUGCAAUGUUUGUAUCGAACAUAGAAAUAAUAUUGUUUACAACACGUAAACAAAAUGUGAAAUUUCAUACGAAUAAUGAAAUAUCGUAUUUUCUUCACGUGUUGUAUACUAUAUUUUCCCUACGAUCUACACGAAAUAUGGUGAAAUAUUUUCGUGUUAGUUCGUCGAAAAGUGUUACGUUCGUUGUGAUAGUACACAGAAGUCUUAAAUCGAUUAUUAUUACAAUAAUUCCUACCAUAUUCACUGAUUGUUGCACUAAAAUCAUCGAUUUUUUGCGUUGGAAAGAUUUAUUAUCGUUUAUUUUAUGUAUAUUUUAAAUAUCCUUGUUAAUUUAUUUAUUUAUUAAUGUGUAGAUGUGUCUUUUUUCUUAUUUUGAGUCAAGUACAACAAAAAAAGCCAACUCGAGGUGGUAAUAAAGUUCUUAUUUCAUUUUGUUAUUCUAUGAUCAAGUCUAGGAUGUGUUAAAAUUUAUUCCCUUUUUAAUGUUUUCCAACUAAAAUUGAUGUAGUGUUAACUAAAAUUUUGGUUUAUCUAUGGUUGUGUCAACGGUUGAUAACAAUAAUCAAUAGCUCUUGUUCUACGUCAACUGUCAACUGUAACUAUUCCAUGCCAAUUGUCAAUAGCAAUCGUUCUGUGUCAGUUAUCACUAUCAGUCCCUGUUUUAUACUAGCAAUUAUCGUAUCAGCUGUCAACAACUGUUGAUCAGUACCAGCCAUUGAUAAUCGUUAAUUUCAUGUAAUAGUUAUAUAUAAAAAAUAACUAUCUAACAACUAAUCAAUAACAACAGUUCUGUGUCAGUUGUCAAUUCCAGUCGUUUUUCUGUGCCAGCUGUCAACAACAGUUGUUUUGUACUGGUUAUCACUAGCUAUUGCUCCAUAUAAAACACAAUUUUUGGUUGGAUAAUGUACAUUAAUAGACAACCUCAAUGGUCUUGAGUAAAGAGAAUGCUUAAGGUAGAAAAUUGAUAUAUUUUGCACAUAUAAAGAGAGUUGCUUCGAAGAAAGGUUUCGGUCAAACGUUGUAGCUCGAUUUUGAAGGAUAAUUUGUUUAAGAAUAAUUUUAAACAUUGAAUUAAGUGCAGUAUUAUCAUAAUUUUAAAUUAGAAUUCAUUCUUUAUAGAUUAUUUGACCCAUCCGUCUCAUUUAUUAGUAAUUGGUAAUGAUUUUAAAGCAAAUCAUUAGUGCAUGUUGAUGAUUUAAUUACUACUGAACUUUUUACAGUCAAAAGUUAUUGUUCUGUACCAGUUGUCAAUAGCACCUGUUGUUCUGUGUCAAUUGUCAACAAAAAGUGUUCAAAGUCACAGUUUUUGGCUAAAGGAAAAAAUAAAUCAACUAAAGCGACUUUGAUACCAUUAAAAAUAAAGAAUAAUGCCCCAGAUGAACCUAAAAGUAUGAAUUGUAUUUUUAAUGCUUUAUUUUGAUAGCUACUUUGAAUUUUAAUGUAACAUUCCGUGAAUUAGAUGUUUGGAAAUGAAUAUAUUUGCGUUUGAUUCGACAAGUCGAUGUGUUGACCUCGAAAAAAGUUUUUAUAUUCUUAUGGGUUCAGAUUUUGGAAGAUUGUCCAUUCUACUAACUUGUAUAGGCCUAUUUAAGACGACCCAAGAUUUAUUGGCUCUACUAAAUUAUCAGUGCUACUAAUUUUCGAAUUAUCGAGAAAUUUUAUUUUAUAUUGCGAAACAGAGAAUGCGAAAAUUUUACCUACGAGGUUUAUCAGCGACUCCGUACAUUGUACAUAGUAAAAUCUGUUGGAAACAGUUAUUUUAACUCUUUUUUUUUUAAUAAAUAAUAUCUUUAUAUAAAAUAUAUAUUUAUGAGAGAUUUUUAUAGAGCAUUUAUUUAUUUAGUGUCCCAAUUUCUUCCGUAGCAGGCGCUCUAUUCCUAAAUGUACUUAUGGAAUUUGCAGUGGGAAUAGAAACGCCGUUUUCGUAUGCAUCGUCCUGUGUAUGUAAUUUUUGAAAGUUUUAUAUGUUAUUAUUGUUAACAGUCCGUCUGUGUAUACAUAUAGUAACAUUUAUAUAGAAAAAAAAAGUGUAUAUGUUGAAGAAUAUCCAUUAAAUUAUAUAAAUCUAAUGUUAAUCGUUUAUGAUCUAAUCAUUUAUAAUUUUAAAGUUGGCUAUACUGGGAUGUGUAACUGUGCACCUUGCACUAUAUGAAGAGUUAUAAUUAUUAUAGGUAAAUAUACAUUAUAUAUAUAAAAGAAUCCAUUAUAUUUUAUCUACUAGAA